AUGGCAGCAUCCACGGUCGCGGCACCCGGAAACGCAAACUCCGAACCAAAUGAGACGACAUCGCUACUGGCGAGAAGAGAUAGCAAAUCGGAUUCUCUAAGCAGUAUCAACGACAACCCAACCGCGAUUACAACACCAGGAAGUGGCAGUCAUGAUUCCAAAUCCGAUCGAGGGAGUGUGGAAGGCGACAACGUUGAGGCCGGCGAGUCGAGGGAACCCGUGAAUCCUCUGUUUGAGGGAAACCCAGAGAUGUUGGCCAAGAUGCAUUUGCUGUUUCCCGCUAUUGCGCUUGGGGUUUUGCUCAGUGCUGCAGAUCAGACUCUCGUUGUGAGCAGCUACGCAAAGAUGGGGAGUGAUUUGAACGCGUUGAAUAACACAAGUUGGAUUGCAACAGCUUACUUUCUUACUCUAACCAGCUUUCAGCCUUUAUACGGCAAGCUAUCCGACAUAUUCGGAAGGAAAACAGCUCUUCUGUCCGCAUAUACCAUCUUCGGUACAGGCUGUCUAUUUUGCGGUCUGGCUCGAUCCUUGAAUGAGCUUGUCGCAGCUAGAGCCUUUGCCGGUAUAGGAGGUGGUGGGCUUCUGACCGUUUCAAGCAUCAUUCUUAGCGAUAUUGUGCCUCUUCGAACGCGAGGUUCCUGGCAGGGCUAUGUCAAUCUUGUGUAUGCAGCCGGUGCGUCAGCUGGUGGACCACUUGGCGGUAUUCUUUCGGAUUCCAUUGGCUGGCGAUGGGCGUUCCUCAUACAAGGACCACUCUGCAUCAUCGCAAUAACAGCAGUAACGGUCUUUCUUAAUCUCCCUAAGCCAGAUGCGUCACACUGGCUCACCAAACUCCGCAAGAUCGAUUUCCUCGGCGCUUUCACCUUGGUAUUCGCUGUCUUCUGUCUUCUCGUUGGAAUGGAUCGUGGGAGUAACGUAUCCUGGACAUCAAAGACUGCCAUAAUCUUUUGCGCGACCUCUCUCCCCCUAUUUGUCCUAUUCGUUUUCAUAGAGAUGAAGAUUGCCUCAUUCCCCUUUGCACCCGGUCAUAUCAUAUUCCACCGUUCAUUAGUUGCGAGCUAUCUCACCAAUUACUUCGGCCUAGCUGCGAAUAUGGGCGUCUUUUUCUACUCACCAUUAUAUAUGCAAGCUGUCGAUGGUCUCUCGGCAACAGCAGCUGGAGUGAGGCUCAUCCCAGUGAUGAUCUUCAUGGUGUCUGGCAGUCUUUUUGGCGGACUGUAUAUGCAGAAGACCGGAAGGUAUUACAAACUAACCAUCAGCUCAAUUUUAAUCGGCUUAUUUGGAGCAUGUGUAACAUUCUCGUGCUCAGGAUUUCUUACGUCGUCGACACCUGGUAUCACUGUUGGACUAUGCAUAUCUUGCUUCGGCGUCAGCUCAGCUAUUACAACCACCCUUUUGAGCGUUCUUGCCAACGCUGAUCCGGCUGAUCAAGCUAUUGCUACAGCAUGCACAUAUCUAUUUCGUUCACUGGGAAGUGUAACGGGCGUUAGUAUUGCAGCGACAGUCGUGCAACAACGAUUGCGGGUAGAGUUGAGAAAUAGGUUGGAAAAUGGAAAGGAAGCCGAUGAGAUUGUUGAACAUGUACGUCAAAGUUUGGACUUUAUCAAGACUCUGGAGCCGGGUGUUAGAGUCAUUGUGAGAAAGUGUUACCAAAGUGCCACGAAUGCCUGUUUUGCACUCAGUAUCUUGGUCAUGUGUUUUGCCUUGACUGCGAGCUUGUUUAUCAAAGAAAAGAAGCUGAGUAGGUAG